ACCUCCUACUUACCUAAGGCCCACGACUGAUGGGGAUAGUACCACCUACAUACCCAGGUCUGAUGGGGAUAGUACCACCUACAUACCAAGGUCUGAUGGUGAUAGUACCACCUACAUACCCAGGUCUGAUGGGGAUAGUACCACCUACAUACCCAGGUCUGAUGGGGAUAGUACCACCUACAUACCCAGGUCUGAUGGGGAUAGUACCACCUACAUACCCAGGUCUGAUGGGGAUAGUACCACCUACAUACCCAGGUCUGAUGGUGAUAGUACCACCUACAUACCCAGGUCUGAUGGGGAUAGUACCACCUACAUACCCAGGUCUGAUGGGGAUAGUACCACCUACAUACCCAGGUCUGAUGGGGAUAGUACCACCUACAUACUCAGGUCUGAUUGGGGUAGUACCACCUACAUACCCAGGUCUGAUGGUGAUAUUACCACCUACAUACCCAGGUCUGAUGGGGAUAGUACCACCUACAUACCCACGACUGAUGGUGAUAGUACCACCUACAUACCCACGACUGAUGGUGAUAGUACCACCUACAUACCCAGGUCUGAUGGGGAUAGUACCACCUACAUACCAAGGUCUGAUGGGGAUAGUACCACCUACAUACCCAGGUCUGAUGGGGAUAGUACCACCUACAUACCCACGACUGAUGGUGAUAGUACCACCUACAUACCCACGACUGAUGGUGAUAGUACCACCUACAUACCCAGGUCUGAUGGGGAUAGUACCACCUACAUACCCAGGUCUGAUGGGGACAGAUGUAUCUAUGGUACCACCUACAUACACAAGGCCCAGGUCUGAUAGGGAAGGGCAAAUCAGUUUUGGCUUAAAUUUUUGAUAUUUUUGUUAAUAUAUUUGAAUUUAA